AUGUCUUCCAAUCCUCUAAAGCAAUCCCGAAGGAGGAACUUAGAGCUUUCUAUAAAAGGCUUGCAUGAAAAGAAUCAGCUUUUCUUUAAACACGCAUCACCUCUUACAGAUCUAAGUGAUUUGAAAGCAGCUCCUACUCCUUUACAUUUCGCUAUUAUAGAACUUUUGUCGACAGAAAUGGCUUAUUGUGAAGAUUUGAAGUCUUUGGUGGAUGUGUAUUCCGGACUACUCUUUAAAAGUACUGAAUACGAAAACAUCUUGAUGCAAAGAGAGAAAGAAUUGUUGUUUCAAAACGUUUUGCUGUUAGAAAUCAUUUCCGAUAAAUUCGUGAAGAGACUAAAAGAAUACUUGAAAUCAAUAUCUUCAACCACAGGUUCAUUCGAGUACGAUGGAGGGGGACUAGAGUUAGUGCUCGGAGCAGAUUUGAAAAGGUUGAAUUUGGGCAGUUUGAUCUCCCGGGAGUUAUGUGAUAAUAAAGAAUACCGAACCCAAAUGAACUCUUUUAUUGUAACCCAGCAGUUUCGAUUGAAGUUUUUGGAACAUGAAAAAAGGAAUGGUGGUGUAUUAUUUGAUCGAUGGUUGAAGGAAUCUGAUUUAUACUGUACCAGGCAGGAUAGAAAUGGUGAUGCUAUAAGUUUGCAGUCUUUGCUUUCAAAACCGAUUCAACGGUUUUCCAAAUACCCGCCAUUGUUGAAGAGGAUUUUAGACGAGGGCGACAAAAUUUGGACUCCGAUCCAGAAGCAUGAACUUAGUGUUUGUCUAAUCAAGUUGAGCCAAAUGUUGCAUUCAUGUAACCAGUCAAUUCCAGUGGAAAAUUGGCCAGACUGUGAUAGUUUGAUAUUUGCAGAGGACGAGCCAUAUUCAUUCGUGGACCAUGGUGAGCUUCUCGUAGAGUUCAAAGCACUGACGGAUAUGCUAGGUAGAUUGCUUGAGGCGAUUGAGUUACUCAGCAGGUCGAUUCUAAACUUUUCAAACGAGAGCUACAGGUAUGCUAGGGCAUGGAACGAAUUGUGUAACAGUUCAAUGGAAGACGGUUGCACUUUGAAUGGCGUAGCGGUGCAAAUGUGUACCCCCUAUGAAAGCUAUUGCGAUAAGAGCACUACCCAGCUACGAACUGCAAUCAAGCUAGUAGCUCAAGAAUUUGAAGAUAGGAUUAUAAAGAGAUUGAAAAUGGCGGUGGGUAUGUGCAAGGAUGUAGAGAUCAAGAUCAACCUGCGUCAGAAGCUUAGUAAGAGCUAUAUGUUGUAUACUCUGAAGAAAGAGAGUAAUUCUAGUUGGAGGCGUUCAGCGCAGAAGUAUAUACUACUAGACAACAGGCUAAAGGACCAGCUUCCAAAACUCAAAGCAUACAUAGAAGAGUUUUGCAUUGGAAUAGAGACUGAGACGGGAAAGGCUCUUCUACAGUGGGUAGAGAUCUACGCUGGACAGAGUUCGCUGACUCGAUCCAGGCAUGUUUCUGAAAUUGUGCAACAAUACAGAGACACUAUAAAAAUGUCCGGCAUGAAGUUCCAUUAG